CUUAAAACCCCUUCCGAUACGCCGCCGCCCUGGAUCCAGACGUCACCCGAAAUCCUUGCUCUAGGUGCCAGACCGCAUCAUAGGGGUCCUUCCAGCCAUUUACCGCCCUGCAGACCGACACACACACUGCCACACACGCGAAGACGGCCUUAGUUUCCCCUUCCCGUACCAAUCCACACCCGACCACGUGGCGACGUAUUCAUGGGCUGCAACGGGUAGUCGGAAUCUCUCCUCGGAUACAAAACUGACCUUGCAUCCGCGGUCCGUGAGGAUUAACCGACUUACAAACAUCAAUAAGCCGCCUCGUACCACUUGCCCAGAUGGCUUGACUCAACACCGGCAUGGCAUGAUAUUAGGUCUAGCCGCCUUGACGACUCUGCCUUCACCGUACCUUUUCCACCGGAUAAUUAACUAUCUCAUGCUCCAGCUUGCUGUAUGAGCUUCUUUCCCCAGGAUUCACCUGUUGGACAACACUUUAGGUGACCAAGCAUUAUCCGAAGCGCGACCCGGGGAGCCCAGCAGGACUGCAACCCACUCGCCUUCAUCAGGAGAGCAAGACUCCAGGACAUCAGCCUUGCUUUGCCCACUGUUACCCGGACAAUCUCACCAUUCUACCAGGACAUACCGGAGAAAACACCGCAGCCAUGUCUUGCUCCAGGAACAACAACUCCACGGCGGCCGACAUCAACAGGGACCGCCUGUUCGCAACGGGGACCUUCAAGAACGUGUGGCAGGGCCGCUACAUCGCCGGCGCCAGGACGGGCCAGGCCUGCGUCGCCAAGGAGUUCAAGACGAGCUCCGUGUUCGAGGACCACUACUUCCAGGAGGAGCUGAACAUCAUCGAGCGGGCGCAGAGCAUCAUCGACAGCUGGCACGCCGCCGGCGUCGUCAACCGCCGCAUCGUCAUGAGCAGGCCGCAGAUAUGGCAGUACCGCCGCAACGGGCGCAAGGCCCUGGUCGAGCCCUUCAUCCUCGGCUUCCAGAAGUUCAACAGCAACACCGGCUGGGUCCCCAGCUCGCGGGACUCGUGGUGCGACGCGAUGCAGGCCCUCAGCCACUUCUCCUACCACGUCACCGGUGGGCAGUUCCUCUUGUGUGACCUGCAGGGCGGCACGCACGGGGAUGUGUUCGUACUUUCCGAUCCCGUCAUCAUGUCUGCGUCUUAUAGCUGCGGCCCGGGCGACCUCGGGCCGAACGGGAUCCACGCCUUUUUCAGGAGGCACAAGUGCACACGCUUCUGCGAUACGCGGUGGAUCAAGCCCAGGUCGACUGCCAAGUCGGCAUUUUCCAAGAGGAGGGGCACCACCAUGGUGUCUCGUGUGCCCACGCACCAGACCCGCCUGUCACAGACCAGGAGGACCAGGUGAGACCUACUACAGGCGACACAACCAGUUCCUGGGGAACCCAGACCGAGGAGCUGUGUGGCUUUCAGUGAGAUAUAAAGAACGGGAUAUUGGGGUUCCUGGAUUUGAUAUGGGAUAUCAACAUCGAUGAUAUCACACUCCACGACUACAAAGCGAGGGGAACGAUCCCCACAUGAAGAGCAUCCGUGCAUGAGACGCACCUGUCGAGCAGGUCCGGGGUCAUUGGUGACCGGCGGCAGCCACAUGGAUGUGCGCUCGAGCAGGACAAGGUUAUGGUGGAAUUUUUGCAUCGGAUCAUGGAGUGGUUGGCGGCAUUCUUUUGGUUGGGCGGCAGAGGCAGGUUAUGGACAACUUAGACGGGGAAACACACUCACACACUGGAGUUCGGACGGCUUGCGACAUGAUUCCCAUGAUUUUUAUGACCCGGCACUCGACAUGCAUCACGACAGAGUUGUUUGCUUGGACUUGCAGUCAUCUUGUACCGCAAGAUAUUGAAUAUAAACAAUUGAAAAA